GUAUUGCUAGUCUAAUAGCUUUUAGAAUGAUUUUGUGGGCUCGUUGGAUGAAUAAAUUAUUAGAAGUAAAAGAGAAUUUAGAUAAUGAAGGAUUGUCUAGAGCACAUUUAAAUAAAGUUUGGAUAAAUAGGAGAUUGUUUUUACAAAGCAAAUUUGAUGAAUUAUUUGUGAUGGAUAUUUCAAGUUUGGAGCAGAAAGAGAAGGAGAUGGCGCUGAUGCAGGUGUUUUUAAACGAAGAUUUGGAAGGGGGAUCUUUAGAAGAGGAUCUAUGUAAUCUUAUCAUUUUGUAUCAUAGUUAA